AUGCUCUCAACCGUCAAGAAGCGCAUCUCAAGUUUGCCAGUCGUCCCUGCCAUUCUCAUGUCCGCCAUCGAAAGUGCCAAGCGCCUGGCUGCCCGCGCUGCCGUGGACGAAUUCGUCAAAGACGGCGACGUUGUCGGCAUCGGCAGCGGGUCGACGGUCGUGUAUGCAGCCGAGAGGCUUGGCGAGCGCGUGGCCAACGAAGGCCUUCGCAUCUCAAGCAUCCCGUCGUCGUUCCAAGCGUCGCAGCUGAUCUCGCAGCACAAGUUGAACUUGACCAACUUCGACUCGCAUCCUGUGAUCGACAUCGCGAUCGACGGCGCUGAUGAAGUGGACACGGCGCUCAACUGCAUCAAGGGCGGCGGGGGGUGCCACCUCCAGGAGAAGAUUGUCAUCUUCAACGCCAAGAAGUUUGUCAUCGUCGCCGACUACCGCAAGCAGUCGACGUAUCUGGGCGAGCAGUGGACCCAGGGCGUACCCAUCGAAGUGGUGCCGCUCGCGUACGUGCCGCUCAUACGCAAGCUCAAGGAACUGCAUGGCGCGCCCGUGCUUCGCAUGGCCAAAGCCAAGGCGGGGCCGGUGGUGACUGACAACGGCAACCUCAUCCUCGACACGCAUUUUGGGAUCCUCCAAGACCCCGCCAGCCUGGAAAAGACCCUGAAAAUGCUCCCAGGGGUGGUCGAAGUGGGUUUGUUUGUGCAGUUAGCGUCCAAGGCGUUCUUUGGCCAGGCCGACGGAUCCGUCAAGGUCGUGGUGCCGCAAUAAUUAUAAUAACCGCUAUAAUUAUAAAAACGUGAAAUAUCCGCGUACAGAUUGGCUCAAC